UACGUUUCCAGGACAAAACCUGUAGUUUCCUAGUUGCUGAAAGCGAAGAGGGGAAACACAGAGACGGAGCGGAAGGAGAAACUAAGAAAGAGAGAUUUUGCGUUUUCCUUGACGGCGGUUGACGGUGGGACGGUGUUUUUCUUGAGGAAUUGGAUCCGUUUCUUAUUUUUUUACCCUAAUAUUUCUCUUGUUCUUUAGUAGGUUAAUUAAUUAUUAUUUAUUAAUUAAUUAACCAAUUAAAAUAUAGUUUUAUGAAUGUGUUCUGUUCUACGAUUAAAGUCUUGAGAUUUUGUUUAUAACCUAAAAAACCCUACUUUGUAUGGCUAUGACGGCUGAAUCUACUUCUUCCAAUCAUCACUCUCCACGUGCCUCUGGAUUCUCCCGUGACGGCCUUUCUAACCCUCAAUUACGGCGAAACAAUUUGUCCUCGCCGUGGGUUCAGGUUGUUCGAGGCGAGUCGGAAUCAGUUUCAGAGGCUGUUGUUCAACAUUCUCCCUCAUCGCCAACACCACCACCGCCACCGCCGUCGCUGACUUCUAUAUCUGAGUCAACCGAUAAGUUGUCUUCUUCGACGGUGGCUUCAGUUUCAUCUACUCCGCCGCCGGAUAAUUCUAUGGCUACUGAGAACUUGGAUGCUAAUAACAGCAGCAAUGCGGCUCUCCCCAAGAAGCAGGCGUGGAACACGCCACCAAACGGUGUCCUUGAGGUUGGUCUUGUCAUGGGAGCUGGUUCGUGGCCCGCCUUAUCUGAAUCAACUAAACCGUCCCCAAAAUCAUCAUUAGCAGACUCCUCUUCUUCAAAAUCCCUUUCCGAUGGAUCAGUUUCUAAUAAUCAGGUGCCUGUAAUCUCAAAUUUAUCUUCGAAGAUCACUAAUCCUAAUGCAAGCCCUAGUUCGAACACAAAUCGCACAAUGGCAGCUCGACAAAGGUUGAGGCGCGGUGGUGGUCCAAUCAGCUCUGGUGGUGGCCCAGCACAGACUGGUUUCACUCGGUCUCCUCAGCCACCUCCACCAUUGCCACAAGCAUUCCCCAAUGCAAUGUCUCCAAAUGGUGUUGGUAAUCUUUUGCAGGCGCAUCCAGAUCCUUCUCCAGUAGAGCCUUCAUAUAGAGGCAAUAACUGGGAAACCAGACAGGCAGGAGGAUUUGUGUCUCAGUCGCAUUCUGUGAAUGCGCACCGCAGUUCUUCACGGAGAGGUAACUAUGGACCGCGGGGAGAUGGAACUUACCAUAACAAUUAUGGGGCUAGACGGGAGCAAGACCGUGGAAAUUAUGCAAAUGCCAGAGAUGUUUAUAUGCAGCAACAUAGAGGUCCUCCGAGGGGCUUUGUAAGGCCUCCGCCACUCAGUGCUGGCACAUUUGUGGUACCUCAACCUAUUAGACCUUUUGUAAACCCUUAUGGGUUUCCUGAUUUCAUAUAUCUCCCUACACAUAUGGAGCACUUUAGGCCAUUCAUGACUGCACCAGUGCUUAUGCCUGUUGCAGAACCUCCAUUGCAGGCUAUGUUAGUCCAUCAGAUUGAUUACUAUUUUAGCGAUGAGAACUUGGCAAAAGAUGAAUUUUUGAAGUCCAACAUGGAUGAUCAGGGAUGGGUACCCAUUACUUUAAUUGCGAGCUUUCCUCGAGUCAAGAAUUUGACAAAUAACAUUCAGUUGAUAUUGGAUUCCUUGAGAACUUCAAUCGUUGUGGAAAUAAAUGAGGAAAAGGUGAGGAGACGUUAUGACUGGAUGAAGUAUAUUACUCCUUCCAGUCGGGUUCUCACUGAGUCAGGAUUACCAUCUCCAAGUGGAUCUGGGUAUGGAGCGUUCACAACUUCAUUUCAGAAGAUCACGUUGGAAGAAGAAGAUAAAGUAAACCCUCACUCGGAGGAUUUGCAGUUCUCUGAAUCGGCUGGCCAGUCAAAACUCUGCAACGGGGAUGGUCCUGAAUUUACAUUAUCAAACCACAGCUGAAUGUCAGCCCCCACCAGGUUUAAGUGCCAGUAAUUUAAAGAGCAAUUCCAUAUGAUGGUGCGAGUUUUUGGAGGGGAGGAGGAACACGCUGCCUUGAAAGGUGGAUGGACAUAUUUCUUUCUUUGUCACGAUUCUCAAAUUUUGGGGGAGUAUAUUGCUGAGACAGGUUGAGGGACUGGAAGAAAUAUAUAUAAACUAUUUUUGGAAUAUAAAGGAAGAGAACAAAGUGAGACAAGUAGAGCUUAGGAUCAUUUACUGGGUUGAAUUAUGAGGUUAUUGCGUUGUAUAGUUUGACAUUUUGGAUGAUUUUGUUAUUAUUAAAGGAUUUCUUGUGGAAUGGAUAGUCAUAGCAUCCAAAAGAA